AUGAAUACUCUUAGAUCAUUUCAUCUGCUCAUUCUAGUUUUCACAUUUUCUGCUUCUGCUUUUGCUUUUAACAUGCCAAGGCUUGGAACCCUACCGAUAACAAUGCAGCAUGAACCCCAAACAAUAUCUUCAAUAUCCCACCCUGAAGAUUUCAAAACAUACUAUUACAACCAAAAACUGGACCACUUCAACUAUAGGCUUGAUAGCUACACCACUUUCAAACAAAGAUAUGUGAUCAACUAUAGGUAUUGGGGUGGAGCAAAUGCGAGUGCACCAAUAUUUGCGUAUCUUGGCGCAGAAUUUCCCUUGGAUGAGGAAUUUCCAAAUAUUGGAUUUCUCAGUGGUAAUGCCCCCAGGUUUAAGGCUCUCCAAGUAUACAUAGAGCAUCGGUACUAUGGAGAAUCAGUACCAUUUGGAUCAACGAAAGCGGCUUUGAAAAAUGAAAGCAUUCGGGGUUAUUUCAACUCAGCUCAGGCUAUAGCCGAUUAUGCUGCUGUGCUCUUACACAUAAAGAAAAACUUAUCUGCAGAAAAUUCUCCGAUAAUUGUUAUUGGAGGUUCCUACGGUGGAAUGCAUGCUGCAUGGUUUCGGCUAAAGUAUCCUCACAUUGCCCUUGGAGCUAGCUUCUUCAGCUCCAAUCCUGAAACUAGUGAAGGUUGCUACAAAACCAUACAGAAAUCAUGGGCUGAAAUUGACAGAGUCGCUUCAGAGCCUCAUGGUCUUUCAACCCUUAGCAAGCGAUUUAAUACUUGCAAGUAA